AUGCAACUUCUCAAGUCUAAUCUUGCAGCUUUUGAGGAUCGUCUGCCGAAUCUUGACAUGCCUCAGACUUAUCUGGAUGCCAUGUGGCUUGCGAAGAAGCUAGGUAUUAGAUACAUCUGGAUCGAUCGGAUCUGUAUCACCCAGGAUAACCGGGAAGAAAUGGAGGAUCACACCAAGCACAUGGCAUAUGUAUUUGCCAAUGCUUAUCUCGUUAUCGUGGCAGCUUCUGGCGACAUUCAUACCGGACUACCUUCUCUCGAUCCGAAGCGAUCAACACGGGGCAUCCGCACCACCGGCCGUACUCACCAAGAGCUCGUAGCAGCUUCGUCAUGGUACACCAGAGGCUGGACGCUUGUCGAGCGCAUCUACUCUCGACGCUCAGUCUUCUUUUUUGAAGACUCGGUAACUUGGGAAUGCCACUGCGAUACUUGGCAGGGAAGUCCGAACAGUGUCAUGAAGAAGCUCCGGGGAGGUCGCCAAGAGUGCGUUGGCGCUAUUCCUGACGCUGUUUUUGCAUUCCAACACCCACGUUGGCCUGACCUUGACGAGUAUGCUCGCUAUGUCAUGGAAUAUAGCGCUCGCAAGUUGACACUUGUUGACGAUACUCUGCCUGCGUUUUCAGGAAUUACCCAUGUUCUUUCUCGUUCGUUCCCUGGCGGUUUCAUCUACGGAAUGCCUAUCAUGUUCCUAGACAUUGCUCUACUCUGGCGGCCUCAUGCCUCGAUCAGAAGAAGGGCACUAUCACGUCCGCCAUUCCUCCCAUCAUGGUCUUGGAUGGGCUGGUGGUUUGACAAUAUCCCUGUCGAUCUGACCUUGUGGAGAGCAGCUGCGGACUAUGUGGAAGAGGCUCGGACUGGAAAACGUGGCCAAGAGUCGAAACGGUACCGGUCCGCACACGCGUUUAGGAUCAGACCUACCGUUUCUUGGAGUUUGACAGACCGUGCUUCAACUGUGCCUCUCAUGAACACCGGUCUUCAGUACAAUAAUCUCAGGAGCCGCCGUGUCCCCAACACAGAGCUACCGAUGGGAUGGUCUCGAAGUGGCUCACAUUAUGUCCAUGAUAGUGACGAGACUGCGCUGUUCAAGUACCCCGUCCCUGUUGAGGACCCCCAUGAUAGCGGCGGCUAUGAGCCUGCUGUGGGUGAGCAAGCCUACCCCGGGCCAUUGCUAUCGUUCCGAACAACUUCUGGUUUCUUCGAGAUCGAAUUCCACACUACUCUCGCUCAUCGCGAGCGACCCAACCCGCCUCUUGCUGUGGGUACAAUCUGGAAUAAGGCCGGCCGGUGGGCGGGACAAUUCCGUGCUCACGACGCAUGGUUGGGCAUCCAAUCCUCCAACUAUGACGGUGAAGAGCGUCUUGAAUUUAUUUGUAUAUCUAUUGCAACAGAACGCAAGGGCUCUCACGUCUUUGAUACCGAUAAAUUCGAAGAGCACAUGGACGCGGACGGCAUGGUUGACUUUGUCAAUGUUCUCUGGAUUGAGCGGAUUGGAGAUAUUGCAUAUCGACGAGGUGUUGGGCAAAUCUUGCUCAAGACUUGGGAGGCACAAGCUAAGGAUGAGGUCGCAGUUCUACUUGGUUAA